AUGAGCGGUAGCGCGCUGCAACGAGUGCAACAAUGCCUUGAACGACAAGCACGAUACUGUGGGCUCAAUGCCUUUGUCACUCGUGCUAGUGCGACACAACUACAGGAUGCAGCUCGUGCGAUAGUCGACGGCGAGUCUAGUGGUAUACUCGCCGGAAGGACUAUCGCCAUCAAGGACAACAUCGCCACGAAAGACUACCAGACCACAGCAUCUUCAAAGAUCCUCAACGCAUACAACUCACCGUACAAUGCAACCGUAGUCGACAAACUUGUAUCAGCCGGCGCACUAGUAUGUGGAAAGACCAAUCUGGAUGAGUUUGGAAUGGGAUCACAUACCCGGCCAGUCUUCACAUCAGCCACGCAAAGCCCGUACAAGCGCAAUGGAGAGGCUCUUUCGGCAGGUGGAAGCAGUGGAGGAAGUGCAGUAGCAGUCGCAACAUCUCAAGCAUGGGCAGCUCUUGGAACAGAUACUGGAGGUUCGGUCAGACUUCCUGCUGCAUACACUGGUACUGUUGGCUUCAAACCUAGCUACGGCCGGCUGAGUCGAUGGGGUGUCAUUGCCUAUGCUAAUUCACUCGAUACUGUUGGUACAUUGACCCAAAAGGUUGAGCACGCGCGGGAAAUUUUCGAAGAGCUGGAUGAAUUUGAUCAUAUGGAUCCUACAAGCUUGUCGCAAACAGUUCGUGAGAGGAUUGCAGGCCAAACCAUCGACUCGUCUCCGGACAGAAAACUGCGCAUUGGCGUCCCACUGGAAUACAACACUGCUUCACUAUCACCCGAGGUCCGACAAACCUGGUCUCGAUUGUUGAUGUCUCUGCAAGAUGCUGGACACUCGCUUCAUCCAGUCUCGUUACCCUCAACACAUCAAGCACUUUCGGCCUACUAUGUUUUGGCUCCAGCAGAGGCUUCGUCCAACCUCGCAAAGUACGAUGGUGUACGAUAUGGUCAUCGUACCUCGGGUCCUGAUGCCAAUCCCAAAGACAAUAUUCCAUUGUUUGCCGCCACUAGAGGUGAAGGAUUUGGUCCCGAGGUUCAACGCCGCAUCCUUUUGGGUGCCUAUACGCUGAGCUCGGAAGCCAUGGACAAUUACUUUGUUCAAGCACAGCGAGUGCGCAGAUUGGUACAAAUGGACUUUGACAAUGUAUUUGUCUUGCAGAAUCCAUUGUUGGAUGCACAGACAGAAAAGUCGAGUGAUGCAACCAAGGUGGAUGUUCUGAUCGCACCUACGGCUCCGACGUUACCACCAACGCUGGUCGAAGUGGAGAAGUUGAGCCCGGUUGAGAUGUACAUGAAUGAUGUGUUGACGGUGCCUGCAAGUCUGGCUGGAUUGCCUGCUCUUAGCGUACCUGUCAAGCUUCAAGGUGGUGCAAAGGAGCCAGAAGAUGUUGACUUUGUUGGCAUGCAGGUCAUUGGACAGUUCGGCGAUGAUGCAUUGGUCCUCAAAGUUGGACAACUUAUCGAAAAGCUGCAAUCCAAGGAUGCUUGA